UUGCAACAGGGAGCGCGCAAAGACGCGCGCACUCGCAGCGAGAAGGAGAGGGAGCGCUCCAGCAUCAUCCUCCGAGCCCCACACACACCACUAAUUUGGUUCCCCUGCACUAACAUCUACACUGUGAUGGAGUUCUCCACUUUAACUCCCGAAGACUUUGGCGAGCGACAAGCGGUCUCAGGAACUCCUCGUGGUGUGACAUUUGUGGAGGAUCUCCUGCUUGUACCCUCGAAAGGCAACGAAACCAGCGGGGUCUCAGCCAGGAGCGCGACAAGUCUCAUCAUCGCCGUCUGCAUCACGGCGCUCUACUCGCUCAUCUGCGUGGUGGGACUGCUGGGGAACGUGCUCGUUAUGUACGGAGUACUCAGGUACACAAAGAUGAAGACAGCCACCAACAUUUACAUCUUUAACCUGGCUCUGGCCGACGCUCUGGCCACCAGCACCCUCCCCUUUCAGAGUGCCAAAUACCUGAUGAGCACGUGGCCCUUCGGGGAGCUGCUGUGCAAAGUGGUCAUCGGCAUCGACUACUACAACAUGUUCACCAGCAUCUUCACGCUCACCAUGAUGAGCGUGGACCGCUACAUCGCCGUGUGCCAUCCUGUGAAGGCCCUGGACUUCCGCACGCCCGCUAAAGCCAAGCUAAUCAACGUUUGCAUCUGGAUACUCGCAUCUGCGGUCGGAGGGCCAGUUAUGGUUAUGGCUGUAACCAAGGUGACAGAGAAAGGAAGCACCGCCUGCACACUCAGAUUUCCUGAACCGGAAUGGUACUGGGACACGGUGACAAAAAUCUGUGUGUUCAUUUUGGCCUUCGUGGUGCCUGUGCUUGUCAUCACUGUCUGCUAUGGACUGAUGAUCCUGAGGCUGAAGAGCGUCCGGCUCCUGUCCGGCUCCAAAGAGAAAGACAGGAACCUGCGCAGGAUCACGCGCAUGGUGCUGGUGGUGGUGGCCGCUUUCAUUUUCUGCUGGACCCCGAUUCACAUCUUCAUCAUCGUCAAAACUAUGGUGAACAUUGAUCACCAGAACCUCCUGGUGGUGGCUUGCUGGCAUCUGUGCAUAGCCCUGGGCUACAUCAACAGCAGCCUCAACCCUCUGCUCUACGCCUUUUUCGAUGAAAACUUCAAGAGGUGCUUCAGGGACUUCUGCCUGCCCCAUCGCUCCCGCUCGGAGCAAAGCAGCUUUUCCAGAGCGCGCAACAGCACAAAGGAGCCCGCGUCCGUUUGUGCGUCUGCAGCAGCACGGAGAGCUCCUGCCUGACUAAGCGUGGACCAGUCAGAGAGGGGAACGGCACAAAACGAACCCCAUUCUGAGGCCGUCACACUGUUCUCCACCACAGAGGUCUGAGU